AUGUAUGGUCUAUCCCUUGGCGUCCAAAGAAUCAACGACACUCUUCCCCGUCCCGCUUACGCUCUCCUUUCUGGACUAAAUGCCUCCAUUGUUGGCAUUAUUGCCCUUUCUGCCGUUCAACUUUCCCGGAAGGCGAUUACGGAUCCCUUGACAAGAUUAUUGGUCACGAUGGGCGGUUGUGCGGGGAUGUGUUAUAACGCUCUGUGGUAUUUUCCUGUGCUACUUGUUAUAGGAGGAUCUUCAACUUUUGGUUGGGACUUUUAUGUCCAGAAUUGGGUACGGAGGUGGAAGGUUUUGAGGAAUACCAGAAGGCGAACGUCCGUCCAUGAACCGGAGACCGGUCCUGAAGUUGAGAGUAUUCCAAUGGACGGUAUUCAGAAAGAGAACAUCAACACAAGCGCCACUGCUUCGUAUCGCAGACAAACAGCAUCAACACCCACUGCUAACGACUCUGAUGCCAAUGUGCCAUCCGAACAAGAGCAAGAACAAAGUCGACAAGUCCUGCACACUGAGCGUUCAGGACACACCAUUCCGGUAAAUAUAGGUGUCGGCGUCAUUGGAAUAUUUGUGGUUACCUUUGCCGUUUUUAUUUCCAUUCGCAGUGCCCUUCACCCAGUCCCCAUCCUCCUUUCCCUCUUCAAUAGUAUGUUCCUGGCCGGGACUAUCAUUUUUGGUGGUGGGCCUGUCGUAAUACCUCUAUUGCGAGACUAUGUUGUAGACCCCGGCUGGGUUUCUCCUCGUGAUUUCUUGCUUGGACUCGCCGUUAUCCAGGCGAUGCCCGGUCCAAACUUCAAUUUCGCUGUUUAUCUUGGAGCUCUUGUGGCAGCAGGACCUUUUUCGUCACCCUCGACACCUUCUAUAGCUGGUGCGAUAGUGGCCUUUUUGGGCAUUUUCACCCCAGGCCUUUGGCUUUCUAUUGGCUUUCAGAGCAUAUGGCAGUCAUUACGCAAAAGAAGAGAAGUGUCCAGCAUCUUGCGGGGAUUAAAUGCCACCGCCGUUGGCUUAAUCUUUACUGCUGUCUAUCGCCUAUGGGAAAUUGGAUAUCUAACACCUGCAGCCACUAGAGGAAGCAGUUUGGGCCAGGAGCCAUGGUGGGUGGUAGUGGCUGCGUCGACUUUCAUUGCAGUAGAAUGGUUUUCAACCCCUCCUCCCGUUGCCAUCCUGACGGGCGGAUGCGCUGGACUAGCGUGGUUCGGUGCGGUCGGCAGGCGAUCAAUGCCCUAA